GGAUUCCCGAGGAGGGCAGAGCACUCAACCUGCUUCUACGCACAUUCACGACGCAGUACAUACGUACCUACGGACCAUCUACAUACAUGGGAUACCAAAAAAAUCACCAGGCCCACAAACCAGUCGUCAUUUUAGGCUCGCCGUGAGCCCACUCUUGUCAAGAAAGAAGUUCAAUUAUCAUCUCAGUGAAGGAAGCAACCGACAAAUUCAUUCGGAUUCACAAGGAACUGAAAACGAGAUAUUACCGUCGGAAAAUUGACAUUGAUCCCAGUUUUGUCAGUUCGAAACCAAGUGCCCAACCAACCAACCAACCGACCAAGCAAUCAUUUGAAGGCUCGAGUGGUUUUUCAAAAAAUCGCUUGCUUCUAAACCAUCUAACAACAAUCAAAGAAUAGAUGAGUCGUCUGUCUCAUUAUAGAGCUAUCGACUGCACUUACCGGUAAUAGUACGAACAGCCAUUCCCCUCUUCGAUCGUCAAACAACGUUGAAUAGAGGACAAGAGGAAUUCCCAAGAUUUUUAAAACCUUUUCCCACUUCCUCCUCAAAGAAGAGCGACAAGAAAAAGCGGACUUGCCCUUCAACUCACUAUGUCUAAAUAUCAAAAGAUCAUCGCUGUCUUUCUUUUGUUGGCCGGGAUUGUGAUCUUCUCGUUGAGCAUCGUCGGGAUCGUCCACGCCCAAUACACCCUUUCCCAACACUUGUUCAUCGUGAUCCUCGUGUUCACCAUCUUCACCGCCAUCCUCUUCCUGGCCUCCCAUUGCAUGACCACGGGCAACGACAACUACAACGUCAAUCAAGGUGCGGCCAACAACGUGGUUGUCAAGCCCAGUAAGAAGAAGACCGGGCAAAUCAACGCCGGAUUCCCAGGAACGGAUCCCAAAGAGAACAAGACCGACCGAUGGGUCUCCAACUACGUGCCUUAUGAGGGUUAUCCAUCAGGACGGAAAGCGGAAAUGAACGUUGUGGAUGAGCAGAAGAAUGGAUCUUCCAAUUGGAAGAAGAACUAUGUUCCCCAUGAGGAGGAGGAGAAGAAAGAUUCCACCAAGGAUUGAAUGCAUAGAUAAUAUCACUCUCAUUGUACGUUAGAUUUACCUAUCUACAUGAACCAUCUCUGAAUAAACUGUCAGAAAAUAG